AAUCGCAGUCUCCGCUCGAGAAAAGAGCGAGCGGCCGACUCCCGAAUCCGCAUCGCGGUCGCCGGAAUCCAGAUGUCGACGCGGCUCAAGGAGAGAGGAGGUGGAGACGGGACGAAGAUCACGGCGCCGGAGCCCCGCGGAGAGGUCGCCGUCUGGUUCCCCGUCGCCGCCGUCAAGAACUCUUCUAUUCCGGACUCCUUCGCUGGGGCGCGCUGCUCCACCUCGUAUUUGGCUAGCGGUAAGGCCUCCGAUCUGGUUUCUGACCUCUGCAGAGGCCGACUGCUCUAUAGGGUUUCCACGUCCAAGCAACUAGAAAGAGUGCUGGGGAGGGAUCUGGAAGAAGAGGCCGAAGGUUGUAGUAGUGUUGGCGGGAUUCGGGUUUCCGACAGGUUUCUGCUAGGGAAGGGGCUUUAUGAUCAGGGUUUUAAGAAUAGGAUUAGCGUCUCGCGGCUUCAGAACCGUAAACAUAAAUGGGUCGUAGGCUUGCAGGAGGUGAACAAAGAUAUCAGUUCUUUGGGUUUGAUCACAGAGAUUCUAAGUCGCAGGAUUGGGCGCAGUGAAGAAUCAGAGGUACGCUCGGGCAAAGAAAUGGUUGCAUUGGAUCCCAUGGCAGUAAUUGAUGGUGGCCCUAAUGCAAAGAGAUUUUCUAACUCCGAAAAACAGAAGAAUGGAGCUCUAUUGCCGUCAAAGAAACCAAGAAGUUUGAACGAAAGUCUGCCACCAGAAACUAGUAUAAAUAAAGUCUUUAUGGCCUCAAGUUUAAAAUCUACUGGUAGAGAAGCGUCAAAGGGUCAUCCCGAUCAAAAUGGAUUGAUGGAUGCAUGGUAUGGAGCAUCUAAUCCAAAACCUUCGAACCAAAUUGAUGAAUUCGUCACACAUGUUCCAUCGAAUGACAUAAAGAAAGAUUGUUUAAUUUUGCAAUUGGAGACUUCAAAAGAGGAUGGACUUGACGUUAAUAUUAAGGGCAUUCCUGAGAAGGCAUGUGUUGAUUCAGUCACAAAAUUUGAGGCUGAUAUUGGUGUUUUUAAGAAGGCAAAUGAUGGUGUUAAAGGUGUUCAUGUUGUUUCUAAGUACCCCAGUAAGCUGCAUGAGAAGCUGUCAGUGUUGGAAGAGAGAGUUCAAAAUAUAACAUCUGAAAUCUUGUGGUCUAAGGAAAUCUUGGAUAGCAACAAACCAAAUGAUGUGAAGCUGAUUCUGUCAGACAUCCAGAGCCAAAUAUGCGGAAUUGAGAAAGUCGUUGCUAAUGUAUAUGGUGAUACCACAACUCAAUUGAGUUUCACUGAGGUUGUCCAAGCUAAUGGCCUGCGAAUAAAUGACGAGAUAUCAGGUGACACUGAACAAACAAAUGGACCAAUUUAUUCUGUUAAAGAAUUGAAUUAUGAUUUGGUAGAAGCAAAAAAUUUGCCUCAUUAUAAGUUACUACGAAACAGGAAAGCAUCUGGCAUUUUGGGAGGUCAUAGCUCAGGUCAUAAUGAUUUAGAGCAAGAUGAGCCUCGUCAGCGCACAGUGAAUUUAGCAACUAAGGAUGUGUCAUUACAAGCAUCUGGGUCUGACAAAAACUCAUCAUCAGCUGAACAUGUUUCAAAGAAGAUGGUUAGUGAACUUUCCAAGGGGGAAAUUGAACUCACAUCAGAUGAAAUACUGGAGGAAUUUGAUAGCACAGAGAAAAAACCUUCAGCUAUGUUGCAUGAACAAACUGAGGAACGUCAAAAAGAACUGUUAUGUGAGAUAGGACAAAAACCCUCGACUUGUGGAUGGUUUGUUUCUGAAGGAGGUGUUCUUCUUGCUCACCAUGAUGGAUCCUGUUCGUACUAUGACAUAGUCAACUACGAGUUCAAGGCUGAAUACAAACCACCAUCACGAGUGUCAGAUAAUUUGUGGGGCGAUUGUUGGUUAAUCCUCGCACCAGGUGUAGACGGAUUGCCAGGAAAAUAUGUGGUCGCAGCAUCAGCUGGGAAUGCUGCAGAAUCUGGAUUUUGUUCAUGGGAUUAUUACACACGAGAUGUUAAAGCAUUUUGUAUUGGAGAACUGACAGACAAUUAUCCAUCACAAAUCUCAUCUAGGAUUACUCCUGGUUCAACAAGUAAUAUGGGUUUAAGGCAGAGUAAUUCAUGUGGGAUGAUUGUUGGACCACAACAGUGGUGGUGCAAGCCUUCUGGCCCACUCUUAAUCUCCGCUGCUAGUGGGCAAAAAAUUGCCAGUGCCUAUGAUAUUCGUGAUGGGGACUUAGUAAUGAAGUGGGAGACUAGUAGUCCUGUGAUUGGGAUGGACUACUCAAGCCCUCUACAAUGGCGAAGUAAAGGAAAGGUUAUCAUAGCAGGAACUGAAGCCAUUAGUCUUUGGGAUGUUAAUGCUGUUAACCCACAGCCUUUAUUGUCUAUUUCUUGUGCUGGGAAACAGAUAUACUCCCUUCAUGUAAACAACACUGAUUCUGAGAUCAGUGUUGGUGUUCGGCGAAGAGUGAGUUAUUCUGAGGUGGAGGGUAAUGAUGGUGUCUUCUGCUGUCAAGAGAGUAUUAACGUGCUUGAUUUUCGCAUUCCAUUUGGUAUUGGUAUGAAAGUAUCUAACCAUGGAGGCAUAGGAUAUUCAGUCUUUUCUCGUGGGGACUCCAUAUAUGUUGGAAGCACUGGACAAAGAUUGUGCAAUAAAGGUUGUCCACAAUCACUAGUGCAACAUUACUCUUUGCGCAAAGGAAAGCUUAUUACAUCAUAUCAACUACCAGAAUUCAAUUCUAAGUUUCUCCAUUCCUCAUUAACUCAAACAUGGGGAAAUGCCAACAAUGUGAUGGGCAUCGGUGAGAUGGGACUUUUCGUCUUUGAUUCUUUGCAGGAUGAAAAAUCUCAAGCCUUUUGCUCUGAUCAUGGGAAUAUAGUUUAUGCGAAGGAAACAAUCUGCCCUGCCGAUUUGUACUUUCGCCCUACUUUUGAUUAUUCUGGAUCAAGAAUUCUUGUCAUAUCAAGAGACCGUCCUGCUUCUUGGAGGUAUUUAUUGUGAUUAGAUAUGUAUGCACCAUAAUUACUCUAUGAUUGUCCUGUAGAAAUGUCGUCUAACAGUUGUAUUUAGAAUUGUAUACCUAGUUUGUUAUAGUCUUGUACUCUUCUACAGUCUCAACAUCUUUUUCUUUGAUCUAAGUAUCUCUUGAAAGUCCAAAAGAUACAAGCUGACACUUCGUUGGAUUUGUUUAAUUUGGAAUAUCAACUUCAUAAGGAGGAUAUCCUGUCAAAGUUAAUUUAUCUCCUG